AUGACGAAUACCUUCACCCCCUUCCAAAAACCCAACCCCAACCGCCCAUCGCACCACACCAACAACUUCGGAACCUCAUUUCGCAACCCGUGGCCCUCGGCCUCCACUCCAACCUGGACAGAGAUUUUCCAGUCUUCCUUCCCACUGAGUUUCUAUCCCGAUCUGGCCAAGAGACAUCCCGAUAUCCGGGACGUGAAAGUCGUUGCGCCGGACUGGGGAGAGGCGGACUUGAAGGCGAGAGGGCUGGAUGGGAAUGAUUGUAUUGUAGGAACGACGCUAGGGCAUGCGGGGGUCAUGGUGCAGAUUCCACUGGAAGGGACGAGCAAAGUGGUUGAGGAAGGGAAAAGAGAAGGAGAUGAGGAUGAGAUAGGGGACGUGAAAAGAAAGGGGAGGAAGGAGAGGUUAUGGGUUGUUUUUGAUCCUAUUUUCUCGGCUAGGGCGGGGCCUACGCAAUACACUGGUCCAGGGAGGACAAAGAGGGCGCCGUGUCAAGUGCAUGAUUUUCCUGGAUGCGAUGCUGUGGUCAUCUCACAUAACCACUACGACCAUCUGGACUUACCGACUAUCCAAGCAAUACUAAAGAAAUUCCCGAAGACGAAGUAUUUCGUACCCUUGGGGAAUAAGAGCUGGUUGGCCAAUCUUGGCGUCCCAAAAGAUCUAAUAGUCGAGCUAGACUGGUGGGAGGAACGAGAGUAUAGCUUGCAGGACUUUGGGUAUAAGUAUACGGGCUCGAAAUCAGACUCGAACUCAGGUCCUAGAAGUCGGGAGACGAGAAUAAGAUUCACUUGUGUUCCCGCACAGCACAACUCCGCGCGCAGUCCCCUGGAUCAAGGCAACACACUCUGGUGCGGCUGGGUUGUUGAACAACUCCUUAUCUCGCAAGAUCCAGAUUCAAAAGUAGCUUCGGAUUCAGAUCCCAACUCAAGUUUAACUUCAACGUCGGCAGAUACCACCAACAGAACAGCAACAAAAAUACAACACUCCGCCCAGCGAAAAGGCACAGUCUACCAUGCCGGCGACACCGGCUACCGGCGUACCGCCCACUCCACCUCCACCUGCCCCAUAUUCCCCACCAUCGGCUUCAAAUACGGGCCCAUUGACCUCUCCUUCCUCCCCAUCUGGCGCGGCGGUAGUCUCUCUUUCUUCUCGACCCUCGGACUCCGCCUGAGUCAUAAAGAUAUCCCGUCUGCGCUACACGCGUCGCCGGCCGAUGCAAUGGAUAUCCAUGCGGAUGUGAGGUCGCGGAACAGUGUGGGUGUACAUUUUGGAACGUUUGUGGGGAGUGAGAAUGAGAGUUUGGAGGCAAUUUUGGAGUUUGAGGAGGCAAGGGAGGAGAGGGGGGUGGGUUUGUUGAAGGAUGAGGUGGUGAAUGGAGAAGUGAGUGAGGGGAAAGGGAAAACGAGGGCGGGGGUGGUGGAUAUUGGGGGUAGUGUCGCUGUGAGGAUUGGUGGGGAUUGA